GGACAUUUCUUGCGGCAGGAUGUUUGUGUCCUGCUUGCAUUGAGUAUACAAUCCAGUUUCGUGAAUAACUGGCCACUAAUUGAACACCGGAUGCUUUCCGUAGCAGAGGGACAAUCAGCAAGGGAAAGGUGAAAGGUGUGUUUGUUGACUCAUUUUUCAACACGAGGCAUCAACAUUUCAGUUCUCUUUUGCCAAUCUCUUUGACUCAACUUAUCAAAGACGCCAUGUAUGUGCUGCACGUUGCUGCACUACGCCUUCAAGAGCUGGCAUCACAUCCGCCAGGAGAUUCGAAAUCACGAGCAAGAAUGGGAUUCUUUGUUUUUCCCGAUGGACGCCCUGUGUGGCAUUUGUCCCAGGGAGGAGGAGGAGGAGGAAACAGAGCUAGAGGUCCUUUUUGGGACUUGGAGAUGUGUGGACACCUGGGGCUUGGAAGACUUUCUGAAAGCCAACAGGGUCGGCCUCAUCCAGCGCAAGGUGGCCCUGGCGGCCAAAUGGCCCAAUUGGGACUUCCACCGGAGCGAGCAGGGCGUGCGCUUUGUGAAUCACAGUAUGUUAGGCGACCUGGUGGAGGAGGUGAAUCUGCAGGAGGAAUACGUCUCAAGAGACGGCCAUGGCAACCUGCUGCGAUGCCAGGCCGAAUGGGUUCAGAUCUCCACCGGCGGCAUGCUGCGCACCAAGAAGACGGGCGAGAUCGGCGAGUGGACUGAAGAGAGAUCAGUCACCGGCGACAAGCUCGAGUUCGUCCUGCGGCAGUCCAACGGCGCCCAAUGGGGGCGAUCCUUCGUUCGGGAGACGCCUGCGAUGCUGUGAGAAGGCACAUUUGAAGGACCACCGCGGUCACAAAGAGCCCGCGAUGAUCUCGCCCUCAGUGACUCGAUGACAAUGAUCCCUUUGAUGUCCUGCCAGUGGCGGAAAAAGUGGCCCGUGGGCAUGCGGCAAGUAUGCGCAAGAUUUGGAUGCUCCCAGGAGGGACUGUAUACAUUCACACAGAGAGCAGAUUCAAACAGCAGUUUCACAAUGAUUGCAAUCGUUGCACUCAUCC